AUGUCCUCAGGAGUGACUGCAGACUUGGAGCAGGAGCUGCAUGAUUUACUGCAAGAGUUCCAGGAUGUGGUGAAGGAGCUGCAAGCCCCCCCUCAAAGCAGCCUACACGCCUACAAGCACAUGCUGAUGGAGGCCAAGGGCCGCACCGCACUGGGGGACGACAGCGGGGUCGAAGACUCCGAUUACAGCAGUGAAGCAUCUUUAGGGAACAGUUUGAACACCAGCGAAGAGGAGCUGCACACAGCAGGCUUAACGCAACCACCAAAAGCCAAGCUGGGGGACACAAGAGAGCUGCAGAGCUUUAUUGAUGUGUUGGACCGGGAACUUGCUGGUGUGUAG